AUGCUGCUCUGCCUCACUCUGAUUCUCCUGAUGGGACUAUCUGUGUGCACUAUGGCAGGGGACAGCGGAGAGGAGCUGACACUCGGCGCUGAAGUAGGGCCCUGGGAAGGUAUUGUGGCCAGCAUUCAGCUCCAGUUUCAGGAGGUGAAGAGGGGCAAAGCGAGUCAGUUCUUCGGGUUGAUGGGGAAGCGGAUGAGAGGGUAUGAGCAAGAACAAGCAGUCCAGGGUCUCCUGGGCAAGAAAGGACCAUCUACUGGAGAGCUCUCCCCGGACCCAGAGGAGGACCAAGGUCCAGAGUGA